CCUUCUUCUUUUGAUAGUUGUUGGAUUCAUCACAGCGAUGAUCAGCUACAACAUCACAAUCGGUGACACACUGACCAAAGUCUUUCAAAGAAUUCCUGGAGUUGGCCCAGAUCACAUACUCGCGGAGCGUCACUUUGUGAUCAUAUUAUCAACUGUUGUUUUCACGUUCCCCCUCUCGCUUUAUCGAAACAUAGAGCGACUUGGGAAGGUGUCCUUCCUGUCAAUGGUGCUGACAGUUAUCAUCCUCAUCAUUGUAAUCAUCAGAGCAGCAACCUUUGGACCCCAAAUCCUCCCCACAGAUGAUGCAUGGGCAUUUGCAAAGUGGAAUGCGAUUCAGGCAGUAGGUGUAAUGUCUUUUGCCUUUAUAUGCCACCACAACAGCUUUCUUAUCUAUGGCUCACUGGAGCAGCCCACUCUUGCUAACUGGUCUCAAGUCACUCACAUCUCCGUAGGCUCAGCACUAAUAAUCAGUGCUGGAUUUGCGGUUGCUGGCUACACAACUUUCACUGGCUACACACAAGGAGACAUAUUUGAGAACUACUGUAGAAAUGAUAACCUGGCAACAUUUGGUCGCUUCUGUUUUGGCAUCAGUAUAAUAACGACAUUCCCACUGGAGUGCUUUGUGACACGAGAAGUAGUAUCUAAUGUCAUUUGCAGCCGAGAUCUUUCAAAAACUAAACAUGCAGCCAUAACCAUGCUCAUAGUUGCAGUCUGCACAUCAGUAUCUUUGGCCUAUGACUGUCUAGGAGUUGUUUUGGAACUGAAUGGUGCUCUGAGUGCCACACCUCUGAUCUUCAUCAUCCCAUCUGCCUGCUUCCUUAAGCUUUCCUCUGGCCGCUGGUUCGAUGGUGAAAACGUGAUACCCGCGGUGUUAAUAAUAAUCGGCUUGUUCAUCAUGAUCACUGGUUUGAUCAUGACUGGCAUCUACCCACAAGGCUGUUCACAUGGAGUGGAGAUGUUCUACUGUGCAGAUGCCAAUGCCUCUAACACUGUACCACCUGUAUGAAAAUAAUGUGUCAAAUAUUUAGAUGUCUUAAAAAAACCCAACUUUUUUGUUUUCCUAAUGUAUACGGACACACUUUCCUCAAUUCUGUUAUAUGUUUAUUGGCUGCUAGGUUAUUGGUGCUUUGCCUUAUAUUUCAGACUGUAGGUUGGAAGAGGAAGGGCCCUCCAUUAACAUGAAUUUACAUUUUAGUGAAAAAUCAGGUUAUAUAGUUUUUUCAAACUUUUGUCAUAAAAAGAAAAAAAAAACUUUAAGGGAGAAUUUUUAAUGGUGGCCACAACCUAGGUGGCCGACUGUUGUUCUUGGGA